GCCAGGAAGUUGCUGAAACUUGAGCGACAACAGUAACGUUAGCUAGCAACUGUUACAGUUGGUUUUGUUUUUUAUAUACUUGGGGUUAGCGAUAACAUUUAAGCAAUAGUUAGUGGUUAAAUCACAUGGGGUUUAUUGGUAACGUUAGUCCGUUAAAGUAGAGGUUGAACUGUUGUCGUUGUGUGUUCUUUGUAUUUAUUGAGCUAACCAGCACGUUUGCUAAUAAUGCUAGGGUCAAGUGAAUAUCAAAUUAUUGAUUAAUUGAAGAAUUUAUUGGUGCGGAAAUCAACCCAAUUUGCAGUACUAUGGAGGACAGCACCACGGAACUCGAAGGACCGGGUUGUUUGAGUGUCGGUCAGCAGUCAGAAGAGGCGACACCAACCGAUAUUAGCCACCAGAACAGUGUCGACAACGAUGGUUCGAAAGACCACAAUGGAACAUCUAAUAAUGUUGACUCGGAUUCAGGGGAUGAGCCUGAACUCCCUCUUAAACAAUUUUACCCUUACAUCCACUGUACUCUCUGCUGCGGAAUCCUAAUUGAUUCCACCACCAUCACAGAGUGUCUGCACACUUUUUGUAAAAGCUGCAUAGUGAAACACUUCUUCUACAGCAACAGGUGUCCCAAUUGCAGCAUUGUAGUCCAUCAGACACAACCAUUGUACAACAUAAAACCUGACAGACAGUUGCAAGAUAUUGUUUACAAGAUGCUGCCACAUCUGGAAGAAAUGGAGAAAGCAAGGAUGAUUGAUUUUUACAAACAGAGAGGACUGGAGGUGCCUAAACCAGUGAUGGCAUCCCCUGCGGUCCCUGUGCUGAAGAACCAGAAGCAGAGGAGGGCAUUGCUGCCCCAGUCUGUCUUCGCCAUCCCUCCUGAACUGGACGUGUCACUGCAGCUGGAGUUUUUGGGAGCGGAAGAAGGCAUAGACGGCUAUAAGCCUUUGGAGAGGCGGUAUGUGCGAGUAUCGGGGGAUGCCACUGUCCACCAUGUGGCGCUCUUCAUCAGGAGGAAGAUGGAGCUGAGCCCCGCCUGCCAGACUGGUGGUAGAGGACCCUACUGUGUGCUAAGUCCCAAUGUGACCAACCUGAGGGUGUAUUUGGACUACCUGGAACUCAAGCCCCACUUCGGAAUGACCCAACCCUCUUUUGACAGCCUGUUAGAGGUCUUGCACCAAGAAGACCAGGAUCAUGGCUGGGGCAAGACCUUGGAAAUCCUCAUGUUUUUCUACUGGAUGGCUAGUGCCACUUCGUAUAGUGUCCGAGGCAUUUGAUGUCAUCCCCAGGAUCAGUGGCGUGCUCAUGAAGAGGGUCAUCCAUUUUCCAUCACAAGAUGAAAUGCAGGAGGUUGGCGAGCGAUUCACCCAAAAAUCACAGUUCCCUGCAAUUCAAAAAGUUGCUGGCGCUAUUGCUGGAUGCCACAUCAGGAUUAAGCCCCCUGCUGUGGACCAGCAGGAUUACCUGAACAGAAAAGUUUUAUUCAUCAACUAUAGGCCAUCUGUGACCACAGGUGUGGGUUCAUUGACAUCUACAUUGCCUACCCCGGGUGGGUGCACGACACCAGGGUCAUGAAACACAGCGCUGUGUAUGUUCAGAACCUGUAACCACCCCAAGGUUGGUGUCUCUUCGGGGAUGGUGGGUAUCUCUGCCUGGUGGAGCCCAUCUGUCUGACACCCUACAGGCAACCAGUGAGGGGUGCAGUGGAGGCCACCUACGAUGCAAAGCAUUCCAAGGUGAGGAAUGUGGCAUUCCAUCUUCAUGAAGGCCCUGGAGGUGAAGCCUAGCUUUGUGCCUGAGGUGGUUGCACUCUGUGAUGCACAACGUCUGCCUCAGCAACGAGGACAUUGUGGAGCCUGAGGCCUCGGGAGAGGAUGAUGAUGGAGACCUAGACCAACUGCCGCAGCAGAAUGUGGAUCAACUGCGGGACCAGCUCACAGCAUCAGGAGUGGGCAAUGUUGCAGCACCAGCUAACCCCAUCCCAGGUGACCAACUACUGGAAUCCCCCCCAGUAGAAAACCCUUACACACACACACACACCCUGUUUAAAAUGUAAUUGUUGAUUCCUAAAUCAAUCUAUCACCCGUGUUCACAUAUUACAUUUUUGUAAUAUUACAUGUGAUCAAUAUUCAAAAUCUUAAAUUCUAUUCUGUUGUUCGUGUGUACUGGAGCUUUUUUAACUGUUAGGGAUGAUGCAAAUUUUUGCAGCUUUUCGCAGCUUUUUGUUAAAAAUCGCGCAA